AUGAGUCAUCUGUACGAUUCUUCCUCGAGCAGGCACACAGCACAGACGUCGUCGCCCCGGAUGGCAUACACUGAUCGCAGCUACGCCAACUCUCCAUCACGCUCGUCCUACUACUCUAGCGCCACGAUGAAUGCGGGCGCGAACCAUGCAUCCUCACCGCGAUCCAGGAACGAGGUCUCGGACAGUUCGCCCAUCAAAGCCGAUGUAUCCAUGGACCACGACCCGUCCUCCUCCACAUCGGCCCCAUCAUCCUCCAAGGCUCAGGCUGUCAAGGAUGAGAACAAGGAAGACAAGAAGGCGACAGCGAAGAGGCCACGCGAGCAGUACAGCUGCGUAGAAUGCUUUCGACGCAAGCAAAAGUGCGACAGACGAUUCCCAUGCAACAACUGCAUCAAGCGUCGACUUCCAGAGCGAUGCGUCCCGCCGCCAUCUGCGCGCACCAACGACGCCUCACCUACCCCCUCCGACAGCGGCACCGUCCCUCACCGCACCAGCAUCUCUCGUUCCGCAUCCGACCUCCAACUCGCCACCAGCAGCGGCAACUCCUACACGCCAGUCGCAAAGAGACAGAGGCUCAACACGGACGAGCACGUCGCCAACUGGGACGACCGAAAGAUCGAUGACCUGGCACGAACCACUUCGAGGAUCGCUCGGCUCGAACGCAUCUUGGCCCUCAACGAUGCCUCGUAUCUCGAGCAGAGGCUGGCGCUCGCCGAGAAGGCGGUUCGACUGCGCUUGGGAGAAGAGGGAAGCGGCUCGCGUGCUAUCAACGACGUUGACCAUCGCAUGUCGAGAAGAUCGAGCUUCGUUGCCGAGGAGAACGAAACCGACCGACACGCCGACGGUCAUCUAGACGACAAUGACGGAUUUCUGGGCACAUCGGCAUUGGAAGCUGUGCCGUUUGAGCUCAAGAAUGGUUUGCCGCCGUCCAACAGCAAAGCCGGCUCGGGCGAUGUGGCCCCGCAAGCGCUGCUGUCCUACAUUCACCCAAAUCCGACACGAAGAGGCUUCCCGAUUCCAUCCGCCGAUGUACAGGCGAUUCGUGCGACGCUGCCGUCUCGCGAUCAGUGCGAGAGGUACUUCGACGCCUACUUUGCACAUUACAACUGGGCUCGACUGCCGCUCCCGGAGGCUUCGCUGCGCGAUCGUUUCCGCCAGUUCGUUGCUGGCGUGCCGAGUCCUUCGGAUGUGCGCAUGGAUGCCGAGACGCUGCCCUUUGUGGCGCUGGUGCUGGCGAUCUUGACGCUAGGCUCGGUGCCGCCGAUUGUGCAGCCGCUGUCGUCCGCCACGUCGCACGCGUUCUUCUGGGCGACGAAGAAGGCGCUGGUGCUGUGCGAGACGCUCGGUUUGGCUAGCUUGGAUUCGUGCUGGGCGCAUGGUGUGCUGGUGCGGUACUUGGACAUCAUCCGCGUCACCAGGGCGAGUUGGCACGAGAUCGGCUCUUGGAUCAGAGACGCUCUCGAUCUGGGUCUGCACCGAGACGGAAGCUCCUUCGGCCUUCCCAAGGAGCAAGUGGCUGCGAGAAGGAUCCUCUGGUCGCACGUCAUCCACAACGAUCGCGAAUGGAGCAUCAUCCUCGGUCGCCCACUCACCAUCACCUUCUUCACCACCGAGAUGCCGACGCGGGAAGACAUGGAGCCGCUCGGCUUUGCCUGUCAGACCUACCUCUUGGCACGGAAUCGGUUCACUUCGUGUCUCGAGUCCAUCACGCACUGCUUCGAAGAGCGAUCUGCCGGUCGAGGUCCUUCCGGUCGAACGUCGAGGGCGUACUAUCGGGUGUUGGAAGUGGAAGAUAUGAUCGCAGAGUUUGUGGAUUCGCUUCCACCUUACCUGGCUCCGAACUGGUCGAGCUCGGGCAAAUCCAAGACGGACACGAGUCUGGAUCAGGACCACCCGCUUUUGCCGUUCUACCGGUACCUCAUCUUGGGCGAGGUGUGUUUCUACCGCUCGCUCUUGCAUCGUCCGUAUCUGCUGCGACCGGCGAGCAACGGCAAGCACCCCUUCCCCGAAAGUCGCCGCGUCUGCGUCGAGACGGCGCUCAACGAUCUUCGACUGCGCAAAGAGUACGCGCGAAUCUUGGGCAAGGAACAGCUGGCGCAAUCGUUCGGAGGGGCCUACGCGCUGUUCAACUCUGCCAUCGUGGUAGGCAUGUCGCUUCUCAUCGGCUUCAGUCUGGGCGAACGUAUCGAUCCUGUCGAUCUGAACGAGAGGAUUGGGUAUCUGCAGAACUUUAUCACGCAGUUGAGGAGGAACUUUGACGCGGGCAAUGUGGAUGCAUCUGCGGAGCGCGAGCAGAUGGUGAUCGAGGUGCUGGUGUCGAGGUUGGAGCCUUUCUUGCCGCGGGAUCUGGCGAAGAAGAGCAAGGGAGAGUUGGCGGCGGCCAAGGGGUCGAUGAGGGCGACGAUGAUGCAGGAUCCGAUGAGGAGGGGUCAGGCAGCUUCGGCGAGAGUUGAGCAGGAGAAGCUGGCGGCGGACUCGUUGAGGAUGCUCUCGACGAGCUUGCCCGGUACACCGACAUUGUCGAAUCAACAUCAAGGAGCAGGUGGCAGUGCGAACGUGAGCGGGUCUUCGGCUGCUGCGAUGCACAAUCUGCCGCCUUCGCAUCACCUUGCGACGGGAUCACCGACGCCCAUGGGUAUGGGUCAGUUUGACAACGGUCCGUUCGCGUCGAUGAGCGGCGCGGCGGGAGCAGCUGCACCGAGUGGUGGAAGUGCAGCCAACCCGAUCGAUCCGUACGGAUGGCUGCUGACACCUACGGCGUUGGAAUCACCCGACACGACAAAGGCCAACUCUGCGAGCAACAGCGCUGCACACACGCCGAUCGUUUCCGGAAGUGGACGACCCGCUGUCACUCCCACCAACACGUCCAACACAGGCCCUGGUGUAGCGUCCAGUGUGGGAUCUUCCACGCCAAUGCGUCAGCACAAUCACAGUUUGGGUGGAAGUCACCCGCACAGUCAAUUCAUGGCGGCGUCGCCGGGCCAGUUUGCGGCAGGGUUGGCUGCGCCGAUGGAAGGGCAGGCCAUGUUCGAUUGGGAAGGGAUUCUGCAGACGAUCGGAUCGGGCUGGACGGGCGACGGCACGUUGGAGACGGGGAUGGAGAGUCUGUUUGGGUGA